ACGGACUGUCACACACUCACUCGUCCAAGCAAGACGAUUUUUUAAAAACUUAUCUACUUAUGCAAAUGUACGUGUGCGUGUUUUAUUUUAUUUUUUAUAAGUGUGAUAUUAUCUUUGAAGCCCCGAUGACGGCGCGAGCACGCGGACAGGCUGCGUGUCACACACACAUCUGGAUCAGACCGGAACGGUCGGUACCAGCACGGGCAUGACGGCGGGAGGUGACGCUGCGUGUAAAUGAUGAACACUCUCCGGGACUGCUCGUCUUGAUGCAAAGCAGAAAAAAGGAAAAAAACAAAAGAUGAGGAUACCAUCACCAGGAUGUGUGUGUGGACGUAAGCAUAGGGAUACCGGAGCUGCGUUUGCCUUCUCUAUGGGUCGGUAUCUGUUUUGUGUGUGCAUGCUUCACUUAAACCCAGAUGCCUCCUCUUCCUCUCGACGAGCGCAUAGUGGUCAUCCAGCGGCCUGAAAACUUAGCCUUGUGAGGCUUCCCCCAAGUAAUCCCGCAUCACACUUCUCGGAUAUCCACUUCUUCCAAUGAACAAGUCGCCCGAGUUUCUCGGACUUACCCUUCUCAGCCUCACUUUUACUCACCCACGUGUAAAACUCUGACUCUGGAAUGCAAACGCAGAUCCUCCCGUGCACAGAAAAUCACGGACAACCAUCUGGUUGUUCCAGCGGGUUACCAACAAGCCCCAAGCCACUGCCACAGCAAUGGAACCGUGACUCUCGGUCCACGACUGCCAUCCCACACACACACGAUUGAUAUCAGACUGAAACUAGACAAAGGCGGCAGAGCAGGAAUUAGCAACUCACUUGGUCGGACUGGAAGUGUCAAGUGUACAAGAGCGAAAUGCCCAACUUUACAUUUGGAUCAGUUUGAGAAAAGAAGUGGAGGUGAACGCAAGUCGCAGCAAAGUCAACACAAUCAGUUGUCAUCCUCUGCCGGAGGACUUCUGCAAUUUGUUCCUGCCCAGGCGCAGCAUUACAAGCUCAGGGGUGAAAAAGGAAAGGAAAAUGUUCUGAACAGAACUGACCAAGAAUUUCCCUCGCUGGAUUAUAAGAAUUCCAAGCUGGGCACUCUGCGCCAAAAUCAUACAAGUCACAGUCUUUCCACCCAUCGUAACUCUGUCCCUGUUCCCCAUGCUGCCAUCCUAAACCACCCCUCUUCCUCUGCCCCUCAUCCCGCACACUUCCCUGCCUCCUUCCAACAACUCAACGGGCCUCGCUUUUCUCACAACAGGGAUCACCGUCCUCACAUUCUUCAUGGUCUCACCCUCUCUCCCUGCGCCUCCCAUACAGGAGGGUUCCCCAGCCCUGACCACACCUGUACCAUUGACUGCACCCACCCCUUUGGAUGCGGUUGCUGGAGGUUGGUAAGAUGCAAAGGGUCUAAGGGCCACUCCUCCACGUGCCAAGGAGGUGGAGGUAGCUCUUCCACCUCCUUUUCCGGUGGCCACAAUGUUGGGGCAGUAAAAAAAGGAGGCAAAGAUAUGGGGCUGAAAAAUCUUGGAGGAUGUCUGUCCACCACCUCCACCUCUAACACCUCAUCAACCAACAGCACUGUGUCUGACCGCCGGUCGAAUCUGUUCAAACCACUCCGCUGUGCCUCCUGCGCUAGUGAGGCUGGAGCCUUUGAGAGUCCUGCUAUUCUUCGUAAAAAACUAGUAGGGGGAUGUCUGCCGUGUACCCCUUUAUCCUCUUCUGCCCCUCUUAGGGCAAUUCAAAGCUGUGUCACAGGCUGCAAUCCCAAAGCCUCCCAGAUAGGUAGCUCCACCUGCAGCUACUGUAGCAGCGAUCCCAUAGUGGUAACAUUUAACCCUCGCAGGGGUAAACCGCCCGGAAGAAGUAUUGGGGCGCCUCAUUCAGCGACUACGUUUCAAGCUGAUGACGAUGACUACAGUGUGCGUACAAUCUGGCCUGAGGAACUGGCCAGAAAGAUGACCCAUUCCACAGCUCAAAAAAAUCACUGUGCCGGCGUGGGAGUAGGUGUCGGGAAGACCACUUCGAGCCAGAUCCAAAAUGGAAGCAACGGAAGUGGACUUGUACUCCUGGACUCUCAUAACCUUCAAGAGUAUGCACACUCUCAGCUAACAGACCACGCUGGACGACGUCGCCUACAGCAGGGAAACAUGGCUACUUUGGAUUUUAUAGGCUAUAGGUCGGAGUCAGGAUUUGAAGAAGGCCGGAAUUCACUGAGGAGGCUUCUGAAUAAAGCCGACAAUGUAGGAAUGAGCAGCACUCUUGAGCAUGACAGAGACGCCCCAUAUACUGGUUCACCUUCUCCCUGCUCACCUUCUCCACUAUCACCGGUUUCCUUUUCGCCUACACCGUCCGCCCCCAGCACACUCAUCAAACCCAAACCCUGGCAGAGAGACAGGGAAGGGGGGCAUUCGCUACCAUCAGCUCAGUCCCUUCACUUGGCUCUGAACUCACUAAACAGAGAGCAAGAUGAAGAGAAGAGUAGAAUGCACCUUUCCCUGCCACUUUCAUCUUCGCUGCCAGCCUCCCUAUCCGAUGAGUCUGCCAUGACUCCCGAUGCGGAGAACGCAGUCGUCAGUGCCAUCCUUCCAUUCUUGUUUCUUGGAAACGAACGGGAUGCUCAGGACUUGGAUCUCCUGUUGCGCCUCAACAUCGGCUACGUGGUGAACGUGACGACUCAUCUGCCCCUCUACCACGUCAAAUCUGGAUUGCGCUACAAAAGGCUGCCAGCUACAGACAACAGCAAACAAAACCUUCGACAAUACUUUGAGGAGGUUUUUGAGUUUAUUGAGGAGGCAUAUCAGAGUGGGCAGGGAGUGUUGGUGCAUUGCCAGGCAGGUGUGUCCCGUUCUGCAACCAUCGUCAUCGCCUACUUAAUGAAGCACACCCUCAUGACAAUGACAGACGCCUAUAAAUACGUACGUAGCCGUCGUCCUGUGGUGUCACCAAAUUUAAACUUCAUGGGCCAGCUUUUGGAGUUUGAGAGAGACCUCAACUCAGGGGUGACUCCUCGCAUCUUGAUGCCUAAACUUGACGGUGUGGAGACGCAGGUAAUGAAAGGAGACACCCCAGUGAACAGCACCAUGAGUGUCAGCCAGGCCAGGAAGCUGGUGGAGCAACUGAAGAUUGAGGCCAGUUUCUGCAGGAUAAAGGUGUCCAAGGCGGCAGCUGACCUGAUGGCGUACUGUGACGCCCACUCCUGCGACGACCCCCUGAUCACACCGGUGCCCACCUCAGAGAACCCUUUCAGGGAGAAGAAGUUCUUCUGCGCUCUGCUUUAAAACUAAUCAGGGAUUGUUGUAAUCUUAAAUACAAAAAGUUCAGCGUGUACACGUAUGUACAGUGUGUACAUGUACCUGCCAUCAAAUCAGACAUGAAGUACAGUACUCGCAGCACACACUCUGCUAUGAACUACUAGACUGUCUCUCAGUGUUAGAGAACGUUCAGCAAACCUGCUGAUUUAUGAGUCAGAGUCAUCAAGACAGGACUGAAAGAAAAUAUUUAAUUCAUCUGUAAGAAAAUAUCUCAUUUAUAAAUACAUCACAAGAGUUAAAUAUUAAUAAGAUCCACUUGUAAGGCUGGGAUACAUUCCUGUGAUUUAUUUAUGAGUCAUGUCAAACAAUGUUUAGCUCUGAGCAUUAGGAAGUGUAUACGUAGGUGCUAUGUGCGAAUAUGUAUGAGAAAACAAAUGUGCAUAUUUACAUCUAUAAUGGCCCUUUCAUCAGGUACACCCAGGGGGGGACCCCCACAUAUGCGGUCCCUUCCAAGGUUUCUCGUUGUUCCCAUUGGGUUGAGUUUUUUCUUGCUGAUGUGGGAUCUGAUCCGAAGAUGUCGUUGUGGCUUGUGCAGCCCUUUGAGACGUUUGUGAUUAAGGGCUAUAUAAGUAAACUUUGAUUGAUUGAUUGAUUGAUCCCUGCAAUCCAAUGAAUGAGCAGCGCAUUCAUCACGCAAAAAGAGUCAGCCGAGCUCACCCUGGGCUGGAAACCUAAUGUUAUUUGGGGUUUUGUUUUUUUACAGGUAAACAUAAGAUAACUAAUCAAAACAAAGGCACAUUGGCUAAGAUAAUAACACAAUUAUCUGACAUCUGAGUUAACAUAAAAUCGAGACGAGAAUGUUGUCAGGAACGAAAUCAAAUCAUAUUAACAUCUGUCUUGUCAAUUGGUGGGACAAGAUCGGAAUAUGUCCAAUCACAGUUUAUUAACGGUGUACAUUGAAAGUAGGGUGGGGAUUAGUUAUAAAAGAUGCUUUUCCUUGCGAGAUUAGAAAGUUACCACCAAAAACAAAAUGUGCGGAUUUAGCAUGUUCCACAUGGUAAUAAUAUGUGUACAACUGGGAUAAAGUGAACACAUUUUUACGGCUGUGAUGCAAUCAGCCAGCGAAUCAAUGAUCGUGACAUCUACACAACUUUGAGUUAAAUCUACUAUUUGUUGCUUAGUGUUGUGGCAAAAACUGACUCCCUGCCAAAAAUGUAUUCCCGACGCGUGAGCGCGCAUCGCAUCUGUCCACACCUGAUUACUACAUGUAAGACAAACACAUUCGUGGUUACUGUAAGGAUAUGUGUUUGAAAUUAUUUAAGCCUUCGUGUUUGAAAAAUGAAAGAGUUGGCCAUUUCUAUGGUAUUUUUGAGCUUGUAAAAGACGAUUGUUGAUCCGACGUUGAUGUGCUAAAACCUCUGUCUUGUUUAAAAGCUACAUACAAUAUUAAUAGUGUUUGGAUGUAUUCUUGUUUGCCAAAAUAUAUUUAAUACAAUAUUUUGAUAGACACAUCUCAUCUGUGCAUCUCCUAAAAAAAUGUCAAUCUACGUAACUAGAAAUAGAUGCUGGGUGAGCACAUUUAUAAAAAUCCACAAAUAAUGUCAAUCUCCUGGUGUAUAUUUAUUAAUUAGACAUUUUUUUAUUGUACUUUGCAGUGAGCUUUUCCUAUUAUUUUUGUCCUGCUCAUGCAACUAAACAAUUUAAGCAAAAUUAUUAUACAGCACACAUAUACAUAAUGCACCUGUCAAUGUACAAUGCAGUUGCUACAAGCACAAUAAUAAAGAGUUAAUACUUCUCUGAGCAUUGAAUUGUGAUGACAUGGCACCUUAUUGUAACUCAUGUGUGGGUGUACUUAAAGUAAUUAAAACCAAACAUCUGAUUACCUUCAACUUUAAGUAAUAUGACCUGAAGAAUGAGUAUAGCAGAGGGUUUUCCAUUGCUACCAAUAUGUGUUCAUUAUUACUUUGACCACAUAUUUUUAAUAUUUUAUGACUAUUACAUCAGCAACUCUGGUAGAUUGAAAAAAGUUAUCUGUACAACAAGCACUGAAAUAAAACCUGGUGAAACACUUUUCCCCUCACUUGCGAUUUUAUUUCAUAUACGCUCACUCCAAAAAAACACGGUUGAAUAAGUCUUAUUUCUCAAAUAUAUAAAAGCGUAUCAGACAUUGUGUUAACUCUUAAAUAAUACAACUACCAUGGUAUUAAGGCAUGCUAUGUAAUAACCAAUGCGGGUAUUUUUUCCAAAUCUGAAUAAUCACAGUAAAUGACUUGCUUGCAGAAUUUAAAUUCCUAAUAUUUUGACAUAAAUGACAUAAUCCCAAUUUUGUGUGAUUAAUUGCAAGUAAUAAACACUUUAACUUUGCUUAUUUGCAUGAAAAAUCCAAAGGUCUCAUCCAUAAAGCUUGCAUACGCACAAAAGGGGGCUGGAAAAAAACGUAGUUUUUUCCACACAAAGUAUGUGAGGUAUAAAAGCACACAACCACAAACUCAGCACUUUUCGAAGAUAUGGCAAAAAGGUGACACAUGUAAGCUGAAGUGAAGAUAUCUUUUUAGAAUUGAUUUUGAUCCUAAAUGCUUUGGAAGCAAAGAAUAAAGCAGGAAUCUUUUAAACGUUGUCCAAUGCCAAGUACCCCCAAACUGAAUUAGCGAUGGAGCGAGCACGCUCUACUUGAAAUAUGUUGUCAAAAACUGUGUUUUAAAUUAAAGUAAAUAUCCCAAAGUGGCCAAAAAUAUUAAAUAUACUUGUUGAAUAAAACAUCUGCCUUAUUUUUAAUGAAUACUUAGACCUAUAACACUACUGUAUUUAAUGUUGGUCAUUAUGGUGGUACUUGGAGAGCAACGUUUUUUCUGAGAUGGUACUUGGUGAAAAAAACACUGCUCUAAGAUAUUCAAAUACACUACAGCAUUGCUAAUAGCUAGCUUGCAACUAGCAUAUUAGUUGCUAACUGAUAACUAACAUGCUAAUCGCUAGCUGUAUACUAGUGCACUAAUAACUAGUAAAAUAAUAGCUAUUUGGCAACUAGCAAGCUAAUCGUAACCAGUGUUGGGUUAGUUACUGAAAACCAGUAACUAGUUAGUUACUUUAUUUCAAAAGUAACUCAGUUACUUACA